ACUGGUUGCGAUACUACAUCAGCCGUUUUUAAUUAAUUGGUUUUUAAGUAAUUCAUGUUAUAAUUGAUAUAUCGAUAUAUAGCAUCGCAUCGUUAUAAAAAAAUCGAUAUAUUAAUGUAAUUUUGUACAUCCCUAAAGUCGACAUCAAUUUUCGUUGCGUUGUAUUAAUUUUCUGGAUUUUCUGUUCUUUCGUUAGUUAUUAACCGGAUAUCCAUGUUUAACAUUAUUCUUUAUUUUAAAAUAUGAUAAAAUAUUAUAUAUUCGGAAAGCUUAUUACUUUUUAGUGGAAAAAUGAUUUAAUUGUUUAUAACACUUUGUAACCUUUAAAGCAACAAGUAUUUAGUCCGAAGCACUGGCGUUCAGUUCUUCACAAUUAAACAAAAUAAAACGAAAACCACGGCGUCGAAAAAAACUGAAGAAACUUCCCAGUUGGAAGCUGAUAACAGAUACAAGGUGAAGAUGCCUGCAGCAAGUUUUGGUUCAAUAUCACAAGCUCCCCCAAAUGGCGACUGUGGGAUAAAAGAUGUGUGGAACCAUAAUUUACAUGAAGAAUUUCAAAUAAUAAGACAGGUAGUGCAAAAGUAUCACUGGGUGGCUAUGGAUACAGAGUUUCCUGGUGUUGUGGCACGGCCAAUUGGUGAAUUCAGAUCUACUGCAGACUAUCAAUACCAACUACUCAGGUGCAAUGUUGAUCUUUUAAGAAUUAUACAACUUGGAUUAACAUUUAUGGAUGAAAAUGGAAAAACACCGCCUGGUUACACUACAUGGCAAUUUAAUUUUAAAUUUAAUCUACAAGAAGAUAUGUAUGCACAAGACUCCAUUGAUUUGCUUCAGAAUUCAGGAUUACAAUUUCGAAAACAUGAAGAGGAUGGUAUUGAACCUUUAGAAUUUGCAGAGCUGUUAAUGUCAUCAGGUUUAGUACUAAUCGACAACAUUAAAUGGUUAAGUUUUCACUCGGGAUAUGAUUUUGGUUACUUACUUAAAUUAUUAACAGACCAAAAUUUGCCACAAGAUGAAAAUGACUUCUUUGACAGCUUGAGGAUGUACUUCCCAACUGUAUAUGAUGUGAAAUAUUUGAUGAAGUUGUGCAAGAAUUUAAAAGGUGGCCUCCAAGAAGUAGCAGAUCAACUAGAGCUGCGGCGUGUUGGUCCGCAACACCAAGCUGGGUCUGAUUCCCAUCUCACAGGAAUGGCAUUCUUUAAAAUCAAAGAGAUCUUCUUUGAUGACAACAUAGAGAGUUCAAGUGGACAUUUAUAUGGACUGGGUGCUCCAUUUUCUGUAAAUGUUAACAACUUUCAAGAUAAUGGAGAAAAUGGGAAUUCAUCUUGAUCAGGCGAGUCCGCGUGCGUGACCAGUCUCACGCCGCCGCCUUCGCGACUGUAUCAUCUCACAGAGUGAAGAUUCACUUCAGUGUGGUGUGUUGUACAUAUUUAUAUUUAAGAACUAGAUUUUAAACACGUGAUUAUUAUGUUUCCUUUUUGGAAGUAAUAUUAUGUUGUAUAAGUUAUAAUUUGUGACAAAAAUUACAAUGCAUUCUGUAAAUGGAAUUGUAAAAUAAUUAUGGAAAUGAAUUGGACAGAUAUAUUUAUUGAUGUAUACAUUAUUUUAAAUUACUUUUAGAAAUAUUGUUCUUAAAUCAUAAUGGCAGCGUCACCGCCCUUUUAAUAUUCAGUUUUAAAUGAUGACGGCAUCGACAUCAGGCAUACUUUGUAGUGCUACAUGUACUUUGGAUGGAAGUUCUAAUGUUGCAAAUCUCAGCUUAUUUUUGCGGCCAAGUCCUAUACUUGCAUGUUCUCGUCGAAUAAUGUGUUACUUGGAAAAAUUAUUUCAAUAAUAUACAGCACCUGUACUAAAUAUUCCAAAUCAUGUGAGCCUUAGGCGCCAAGGGCAGAUUUGGUAUGUAGUCUACUAUGGAUAUCUAAGGAAUUCACUUUAUUUAAAAUUGUUAUUAAAUUAUCCAUAUUUGAUGACUAUGAUUGUUGUUUCUGCCAUUUGGAAGCUGUAAUUUGAAGUUCUGUCCAACUUCGUCAAUCGCAAUGAAAGCCCGUCCGCCCACCAAAGUAGCAUACAACAAAUUAUGUCGGAAUUAGUUAAUGCUUCUUUAGGUUUUCAUACUCGGUAUUUAAUGAAAAUUAGACACGAAAUAUAUUAUCUGCUCUAUGCCGUUUACUGUGAGGCAGAGCCUAAUUACAUUGUUAUUUCAGUUUAUUUUUUUUUAAAUAAGAAACCAAAUGCUGUGAAACCCUUUUACUACGAUUUUAAAUGGACCUAGGCAAAAACGCGUCUUGAACGUCUUAACAAAUUAAAUGUACUAUGCUCCAAUUUUCUGUUAUUAUAAUGCGUGUUAUGUAUGUAUUUUUAAAUUAUGUUACAUCAUAGUAUUAUUUAUAAAUACAUUAAUUUAAAGGAAAUCAUCAUCUUAUAAUUUAAUCAAUCGAUGAAACGAAGACUAGGCAUCAAGCUUGAGAUUGUGUAUUAUUAUGUCAUAGGGGAGCGAAUUUACUUAGUUUUGAAGAUACAUUAAUUUUCCGCCUUACAGAAUCCCUAACAAAUGUAACUUUUCUGAUCUAUCAGAAAUGGCACAGGCCAGCACAGUUAGUCGCUGUUUACUUGUUUUGCCAACAUGUCACGUACCUCCCUUGAAGACAUAGGAUUUAUGUGAAAUAGCACGCAUGUAUAGAUGGCAUAUUAAAUUUAGCGUGAUAUAUGUAUGAAAACGUAAUAUAUCAAGACGUAGGGAUGGACGAUAAAUGGCGUACUAUGCGGCAAAUGGUUUUAAAUCUGUUCGUAUUAAUUGGGUUUUACUGUAGUGUAAUGCUUUCUAUACUUGUUUAUUCAGUGGCUUAUUUCAAUAAAUAUGUUCGCCUUACAGGGUGCACAGACAGGAUGUAUGUAUGUUAGUAACGAAGCUAGAUUUAUUAUUGAUCUAGGUAUUUAGAACUAUUUAGUAUCGUGAAUUUGUGCACAAUAUACUAUCUACAGUACACAUAGUUCAUUUUAAUAUUUGGUUUCAAUUUACGAAUCUUUCUGUCGUUGUCGUCAGUACAAUAUUCAAUAUAUUGUAUUUAUUAAGCAGCAGUUAAAACGCUAAACGUGAUGCUCCAUGUGUUUCAGUUGUACAAUACCGCGUACCCAACUGUAGUUUAUUAAAAUUACUUGGUAAUCAUUAUUGGUUUCGUCAAACAGCGUUCAGGGCGGUGUGUGACAUUUUCUAUAUUACUAAUUUACAUUACAAUGACCAAUGUCGCAUCGCCGUCCUGCACCGUCCGUUGUUUGACCAAAUCAUUAAGGCCACGUUUCGCAACAACCUCGUGGAUUGAUACCAAUAUUGCUAUCUUACCAAGUUGAUCAUUUCGUUUUGCGCAUCUAUUAUAAUUAGGUAACUGUUGCCUAAUAAAUACGUGUUGUUUAAGCAUAAAGUAGGUAUUUUAUGGUAGGUAUUCUUAAAAUUUUAUUAAAUUUAUUUUACUAUUAUUUUAUAAGUUUAUACAUUAUUUUGUAAAAGCAUAAAACAUUUUCAACUU